AUGCAGUGUAUGCGCUUUGACAAUCUUGCGUGGGAAAAAAGCGAGGAGAUCACCGACACCUGGGUCCUUCGGUUUCUCGAACCUGACAUCUGGAGGCCCAUAGGCAACUUCGUGAUCAAACACCAUAACCCAGACGACGCAAUUGAAUUGGAUAUAUUCAAGAAGGGAUUUUACAAUAUCUCCCUGCAGAUGAAGUACAAAGUCGGCUCCGCUAUCAUACGCUUCCCGCAACGCGGAGCUACUAUGUUUCCUGAAGAAAAAGUGCGGAACGAGAUGGCCAUUAUGCGGACUCAGUUCUUUUAUUCUUAUGGAAUAUGUUCCGCACCACACACGAAGAUGUACGACGCUUUGAACAUACCGGGAUGCCCGCCCAAAGAGCGUGGAAUCAUUGACCCGAACAUUGGCGAGAACAAGCUCGAGAUGCUAUACGGGCAUUUAGCAGAUAUUCUGCUUCAGCUCUCAAAGCCAUUCUUUCCUCAGAUCGGAUCGCUUCGCCAGAUUGACGACUUCACCUGGGAUGUGGCUAUCGGCCUUUACUCGGCAGACGAUUGCCGCCGCAAGUUCAUCGCGCGACGCCUCUUCUGCAAGCUUGCGCGAGAGCAUAAACUCACAAACCUGGCGUUGAACAACGGUCCAUUCAAGAUCUGGUGCGAUGAUCCUCGGCCCGCGAAUGUUCUCCUAGACGAUGACUUACAUAUUGUGAGCGUCGUCGACUGGGAUUUCACCUACGCAGCCCCGGUUGAGUUUAGCUAUCCGCCGCCCUGGUGGCUUUUCAUUGGGAAGCCUGAGUCCUGGUUGAACGGGUUAGAGGACCGGACUAGCCUGUUUGGACGCCAGCUGCAGACUUUCCUGAAGGCAAUGGUGGGUCGCGAAAACACGGCUAUCAAGCAAGGUCGUUUAACACAGGACCAGCGGCUGUCAGACGCGAUGCGUCACAGUUGGGAGAGCGGGGAUUUCUGGGUGGCGUAUGCUGCGAGGAACAGUUUUGCUUUUGAUGCUAUCUACUGGCGGCAAGUCGAUGCGCGACUUUUUGGUCCUACUGCAUCUAGUCCUGAAGAUGUGUGGAGACCACGCGUUGAUUUGUUGGGUGACAAGGAGAAGGAGAUGGAACGGCUUGUGGCUCGCAAGCUCGAAGAGAUGAAGGCAGAGUUCUGGCAUGGGGCCCCGAUGAGUAUACACGAUCUCUAUUAG